GUUUGAUCCAUAGGUAAGAUAGGUAUGAGCUAAUCUUAUCUGAGUUACUCUCAUUUUGAAGAAAAAGAAUUGGAGUUGGUGGCUUUUUUGUGUUUGUUUUUAAUUUUAUUCUGAGUUGAUUCUUGUGUGCUUUACUUUCCAUUUUGAUGUGUCUAUGGAAUGUUGUGUUUUUAAGUUAAUUUUGCUGUUAAAUUUUGAUCUUUGGUGAUUUUGAAUUGAAAUGGUUGAAGGGUUUUGCAAAGUUUGAUCAUUGACGGUUAAGCUAUUUUCCUUAUCUAGUUAAGUUUUAAGUUUCCUUAAUUGUGAUUGUGUUGUUUUAUUUUUCUAAUUGAAUGUAUACUUAGGUUUUAAUGACUACUUAAUUGCAAAUGUCCAGUUUUCUUUAUCUACCUGAAUGUUAACUUGGUUUUAACGAUUCUUUAAUUUUCAUUAUGUUGUUUUCCUUAUCGGGUUGACUUAUAACUCAGGUUAAUAUAAUUCUAUCAUUGCUUUAAGAAAUGGUAAGUGGACAUUUCAUCAUAUCCUUCACUAAUGCUUGUCUAUGAUCUGCAGAAAUUUACUUCAAUUAUCUUCUUCUCUUCAUUUAACAAGAUGUCUGUGAUGCCUCAUCAAAUUCAGGAAUACAAUGGACAUAAGGGUAUCUGGAUGUAUGAAUGCAUCUACUGUAAAAUGAACUUUUUCUCAAGCCAGGACAUAGCAGGACACACUAGACGUCACUUCAAAGAUGGGUGGAUUAAAGGAACCCCCCAAAAUAGAAAGUUUGUGAAACUUUCUGAUUAUCCACAACAACUAGGUUCUGCUAAUACCUUAUCAAUUUCCAAUCAACAACUUGUUUCAGCAAAAACAUUUGAAAAUGACUCCUCAAAUGCUCAUCAUUUGCCAAAAGGGGUUGUGAAGAUUUUUGGAAGCUUGGAAGCUCGGCCUUUACCUCAAGCUUCAUCCAGCAGAAGACCACGGACCCCUGCGCAUCCUUUCAGAGUUCAUGAUGUCAUGGUACUAUCUAGGAUCAAGGAUCGUCUUACCGGAAAGAAGGAAAAAGCUAUUUCACGUAUUCUUGAUAGUGUUAUGGAUCAGGUAAAAGAAUCAAGGAAGAAGGGCAUUGAGGUGGAUGUGAUCACCAUUGAAGACUCGGAUGAUGAGUCCAAAACUAUCUGAUCAUAUUGUUGAAACAUAUGAUGUAGUUUCGAUCAUAUUGUUGAAACAUAUGAUGUAGUUUCGGUGUUGUUUCUUUUUAAUUAAGGUUUUGAAGAAUAUUAUCAAAAUAUUACUUGAAGUGUCAUAUUGAAUAUGUGGACAAUAUGAUAGUAGUUUCUUUUCUAUAUCAUCUAGGAGUACUGG